AUGACCAUAGUAUUUUUGAAUUAUCCCAAUGAAAACCCACAAAAUUAUUUUAAAAUUCAAAGAACGGUUUUAAAAUUAUUUGGGGUUUCUUUCGAUGGUUACAAAAAUUAUGCUUACACCAUUUAUUCAAUUUUAUGGCUUUUAUCAAUCUUACUAACCAACACAGUAAUCGAAUUAUACGAAGUUUACGUUUAUAUUAAUAAUAUUGAUACUGUUGUCAAUAUUUUAAGUUAUAUAGGAACUGAUGUUUUAGGAGUGAUUAAAAUCGCUGUACUCUUAUAUUACUCCAAAGAAAUUCGUGAAAUGUUGGAUGGUUUAGAAAAAGGAGUCUUUUAUCCCAAUCAAAAACGUGGGGGGAAAAUUGAAACAGAUCUCGUUAAAAAAUGCAUCAUAAUCAACAACCGGCAAACGUUUAUUUAUUAUUUUACCGUUGUGGCUGUCUGUGGAAUUGGAUGUUUUGGAACGAUGAUAACACGAAUUUUUUUCGGUCAUAAGGAGUUACCGUUUAUGCCUUUUUCAUGGUUUGACGCGUCCGAAUCACCAUACUAUGAAAUUGUAUGGUUUUAUCAAACUUAUUGGCGCACUUCUUACGCUUUAAUGGUUAGUUCAACCGAUUCUUUAAUAGCGGGAAUACUUUUGCACAUAAGCACACAAUGUAAAAUUUUACAAAACGCUGUAAAACGUGUUAUCGAAAACGCUUACAACGAAGCUUUUGGAAAUAAUAAAUCACGAAGUGAUGAUAUUGAUCCAUCAAAAAUCCCUUGGAACAUUUUAGAAAAACACAUCAAAUUAAUAAUUAAUUAUCACGGAGAUGUUAUUGGACUAGCUGAUAAAUUUGAAAAACUUUUCAGCUUACUAUUACUUUGUGUCUUUGCAGCCACACUUUUUAUUUUGUGCUUUAUUAUGUAUCACGCAUCUUUGUUUGAUUUAAUAAGCAUGAGAGCAGCCCAAGAUUUUUCGUACGUCGGAGUUGUAACGGUUCAAGUUUUUCUAUAUUGCUUUUGGGGCAAUGAAGUUCGAGAUGAAAGUGUAAAAAUAGCGGAUGCUUGUUGGGAGACAAAUUUUGUUGGAACCGAUGUUCGGUUUCAAAAAGCUUUGGCAUCAAUUAUAAGAAGAAGUCAAAAACCGAUUGUUAUUACAGCUGGGAAAUUUAGUGAUUUAUCGUUAAAAAGCUAUGUUUGGUUGAUUAGAGCUUCUUAUUCUUAUUAUAUGGUUCUUGGGAAUCGACAGAAGAAAGAACUUGAAAUCACGCUAUAAAUUAAA